AUGUGCCAGAACCCACAUAAUAAGUCUGUUGCAGGCAACUUUAUUGACACAGCCCGUGUACGCAGAGAUCAAACAGGGUUGUCCUUCAGCAGAGCUAUCCAGAUAGCGUUCACUCAAGCUUAUUCUUGGCGUACUUGGAAUAAUAGUACGUUAAAGGAAACUAAACUGCAGUGGACCAUGGCGGCAAGGAUUUUGCCCGUAGUUAAACUGGCCACCAAGUUGACCAUUGCAGGAGGAGCUCUCUACGUCGCCUGUGACUCUGGUCUGUUGGGAAGCAGUGAGCAAGGCUCUGAGGCCCUGGAGAAGGCCAAGGCUGCAAUACCCCCCGCCAUAGACGAAUGGAUGAAGUACUUUGGCCUGGAGGCUCAGCUUCCAACCAUGCCUAAGGUUGAAUUCUCCCCUGUUCAGGCGUGGAACUCUGGGGUGCGGCAGACAAUUUCAACUCUUUCAGAGGCUCCAACAAAAGCAACUGGAUACACAAAUCAGUGUUUGCAGUACCUGAAAGACCUCACCAAGUGAAUAGGACCUCUCUGGACAACCUGACAUUUAUCAAUCUUUUUGAGUUUUGCACUUGAGAAAUGACAUUACUUCUUUAAAAAGUUGUAGCCCCUCCCAAGAAAGAAGAAACGCCCAAUAUUAAAGAAAACAGCUAGACAAAAAUUCAGCUGCAAGGAGUGCAGUCUCCUGAAUGGCUAAUGCGGUUCUCAAAAUGAUAGUGGCAUUGGUUGGAAGUUGUACAUAAUGCUAGGAAGCAAAAUGUCUUUUAAAAAAAGUUGUUCUUUCAUUUUGUGUAUACCACCUAAUUUAAUUUAGCUCAGUGCUGUCUAAUACAAUAUUUCACUGCCCUUUGUUCUCAAACCCAAACAAUGUUACGAAGAGAGUGUCUGUUGUGUGUGUAUAUAUGCAGUUUCACCAUUUGUGACUAAAUAAUACAUCAAUCUUAAAACACGUCCAGUCUUUAGUUUUGAUUUAUUGAGGCAGAGUACAUACUACAUUGUUGAUCCUGGCAGUGUGUUCAAAGAAAAAGACCAAACAAAUGUGCAAAAAUCUUUAUUACUCAUGACAGAAUAAUAAUGACACAAAAUUGCCUGUUGAUGCUGCUACAACUUCAGAACAGGAGGUUAUUUAAAGCAUGAAGAAGAGCACGCACAGUCAUCUGUAACUCCACUCUACACAACACAAACACCACACAGCACCACUAGCGGUGAUGUACAGUUUUUUUAUUUAUUUUUUAUUUAAACAGUUUCCGUGGGUUAAAGAAACGGUAGCAAUUCUGCCACACGUUGUCACUUCUCUGUCGAAGUAUGGUUUGAAUACCUCCGGACACACUGUUCAGAUAAUGCAUGCAGAGUUUUGACAACUAAAAAUAACGGUAUAUCUACCGAUUUGACUAGUUUACUGAGGGAUAUACACGGAGUGACUUGAAGAAGACUGAGAGGGCCAAGACCAAUUCGGCAACUAGUGACAAAGUUGGGAUGAAACCAAUACUGCAAGCAUACAUGUCAUGUUUGCAAGACAAAGAGACAGUUAUAAAGAAUAGAACCAGAGUUAGUUACUUUCAACAAACUGGUUUGUCAGUUGAUUAUACCUUAUGCUAGAUAUUCAGUUUAUAAUGAAUGUAAAUAAACGACCCUUUCACUAAAAGCUGGUGGUGUUUUGAUGAGAUAUUCGUAUAAAUGAGAGGAACCACUACUGGCAACAUUACAAGGCAUUUUACACAAGUUGUACAUAUUAAAUACUGUCAUUUGAAAA